AGCCCUGGAGGCCAGGCCAGGCCCGGGCGCUCGGCCCCAGGGGCACGUCAGCCCGAGCCUUGUCCCAGACCCUGGGCUCGGGGGGGAGGUCGCUGCCACCACUGCCCGGGACGUGCAGGCCUCCCACCUACCCCCCAGGCCUCCACCCAUCUGGCCGACUGGCCGACUGGCCGCCAUGCGCCUGCCGUGGGCCGCCUCCCCCUGCGGCCUGGCCUGGGGGCCACUUGUCCUGGGCCUCUGCAGUCUCCUGGCAGCAUCCCAGGCCCCACUGAUGAGGGAGGGGCCGGCGCAGGCGCCCCCAUACCACACGGAGAACCAAACGUGCCAGGACCGGGAAAAGGAGUACUACGAGCCCAAGCAUCGGGUCUGCUGCUCCCGCUGCCCCCCAGGCACACGUGUCUCAGUGGAAUGCAGCCGCGGCCAGAACACAGUGUGUGCCAUGUGCCCCGAGAAUUCCUACAACGAGCACUGGAACCAUCUCUCCUUCUGCCAGAUGUGCCGCCCCUGUGACCAGAUGCUGGGCUUCGAGGAGACUGUGCCUUGCACCAGCAAACAGAAAACCCAGUGCCGCUGCCAGCCCGGAAUGUUCUGCGUGCACUGGGACACCGAGUGUGUGCACUGCGAGCCACUCUCCAACUGCCCACCUGGCACCGAGGUGGAGCUCAAAGAUGAAGUCGGGGAGGCUAAGAGAAACUGUGUUCCCUGUAAGGCAGGGCACUUCCAGAAUACCUCCUCCCCCAGGGCCCGCUGCCAGCCCCACACGAGGUGUGAGGAACAGGGUCUGGUAGAGGCAGUUCCAGGCACUGCCCAGUCUGACACCAGCUGCAGAAACCCACUCGAGUCCCCUGAGAUGCCAGGAACCGUGCUGGUGCUGGCCAUCCUGCUGCCGCUGGCCUCUCUCCUGUUCCUCACCACGGUCCUGGCCUGCUCCUGGAAGAGCCACCCCUCUCUCUGCAGGAAGCUGGGAUCCCUGCUCAAGAGGCGUCCAGAGGGAGAGGAAUCAAAUACUGCUGAUGGAAGUUGGGAACCUCCAAGGGUCAAUCCACAUUUCCCUGACCUGGUAAAGCCACUUCUGCCCUUCUCUGGAGACUUGGCCCCGGCCUCGGCCAGGCUCCCAGCGACCCCAGGCUUGGAGGAAGAGGUGCUACAGCAGCAGAGUCCUCUAAGCCAGGCCAGGGAGCUGGAGGCUGAGCUCCCAGAGCAAGGCCAGGUGGCCCAUGGUACCAACGGCAUUCAUGUCACCGGCGGGUCUGUGACUGUCACUGGCAACAUCUACAUCUACAACGGGCCAGUACUGGGGGGAGCACGGGGCCCUGGAGACCCCCCUGCUCCCCCAGAACCUCCAUACCCCACCCCUGAAGAGGGUGCCCCAGGCCCCCCCGGGCUCUCUACACCCUACCAGGAGGAUGGCAAAGCUUGGCACCUGGCUGAAACAGAGCACUGGGGUGCCAUGCCCUCUAAAGGGCCAAGGACCCAAUUUGUCCCCCAUGCCUCUUGGUGUCUGGGAAAAGCCAGGAGAAGGGAGGUGCAAGAGCAUCUUCUCCCUGCGGCUGCCCUACCACACAGGACUGACAGAGGGCCUGGAUAGGGCCCCUGAGAGGCAGACCCUGAGGGGCCGGGCCUGAGACGCAUCUCUGAGAGCAGGGCCGGGCACUGGCUGGGUAUGUACGUGCCACAAGACUCUCACCGCCUCCUGUGCAGGCCUGAGACUUCACUGCAGACCCUCCUGCCCGCCGGGGCUGCACUGGCCUGGCUUCGGGCACGGACAGGGCAAACGAUGCUAACUGCUGCCCACCACGGCAUUCUGCACCCUAAGCAGGGCACAGAAGGAGGACAGCCACAUGGCCACUUGCAAGGACAUCAGCGGGACCUCCAGCAGAUUCGUGGUGCUCAUCCCCAAGCUUCAGAGGCCCUUUGAGAGCCCACACUUCACAUGGACUGAAGUAGACCCUGUAGAAGAUGGAGUUACAUGGAGGACCACCCCUCCCCUCUCCUCCUAGAAAGGGAGUCACUAAAAACUGGGGGUUUGGAUACAGUUACUAGGUAGAAGGGAGAGUUUUGGAGGGAGAGGAAAACAGCAAGUGUAUUUAUAAAUUGUAACCACAUGCAAAUAAAGAGGAGAUCGAGACCU